GGCGAGGCCCCGGGGCUGCGUGUGAUAAUAUCCACCUAAACUCGCUCAUUACUGCACGACUUGCAGUCUACGUUCGAAUUCAUCGUCGCAACAACUGCAGCAAUGGAAUUACCGGGCGGCAUCGAGAAAGACGAGCUAGGCGUGGCGCUCAGCUAUGCCAUCAUGCUGGGCGGUGGUGCGCCGUCCGCGCCCAACGGCGCGGCGAAGUCAACGCCGGCCGUGCAGCCGGCACCCGGCCAGAGCAAGAAGGCCGCCAAGAAGGAGGCCAAGGCGAAAGCCAAGGCCGAAAAAAAGGCCGCGGCGCCCGCCGCCGCGCCGAAGAAGGCCGCGCCGGCGAAGCCCGCGCCCGCGCCGGCCGCCGAGGAGGAGGAGGACGACGACUUCUGGGGUGAGGAUGAAGAACAAACCGAGGAAGAGAAGGCCGCCGCAGCGAAGGAGCUCGAGGAGGCCAAAGCCAAGGCCAUGGCGAAACUCGCGAAGAAGGAGGCGAACCAGCGGUCGCUCUGCAAUUUGGAAAUUAAGCCGUGGGAGGCUGAUCAAGACUUAAAAGCUCUCUAUGCCAAAAUCAAGAAGACCGUCGUCAAGGACGGCUUGAAAUGGUCCGAGGGCCUCAAACUCGUCGACGUCGCCUUCGGCGUGCAGAAGGUGCUGACUCAGCGUCUGUUUCCGAACUUUGAGUUGCGUCGACGGCGUCGUCGCGAUGCCGCGCCGCCUCGACGCCCUGCCGCGUGAGAGUCUACUCGCCUCGCGACGGCGUCCGUUCCACACAGAUCAUCUGCACGGCCGUCGUCAACCAGACGCUGUCCAUGGACGCGAUCAUUGAAGAAAUCACGGAGGACCUCUUUGCGGACGAGGUCCAGUCGAUGA